AUUGGCACCAGAAGCUACCUUAACGGUUUAGUCACAAAGUUCUCAAUUCGAAGCCCAUGAAAAGCUCGGCUUUCUGCCGGGCGAAAUGCUAAAACCCUCUGAACGGAUGAGCCGCCGAGGUUUCGGACUUUCCACCUGAAAUUGGACAUCGCCGGGAACCUAACAUGGUAAGCCUCUUCAACUUGAAGGCCGGCAGAUUGGGUUAUUCCCUAUUUCCCAAAACUAAAAGAUAUGCUGUUGGGUUUGUGGAUCUAAAUCCUUCGCAUUUUGAUUCUUCUCUUCAAAGCCUGAUACUCUGCAGACUCCUGGCCUCAGAAAUCUCAAAACCCCAAACCAAUUGCACAGCCAAUUACCUCGUAAACUCAUGUGGGUUGUCUCCGGAAGGUGCAGUUUCAGCAUCUGAGCGGGUCAAGUUGCGAUCCCUGGAAAGAUCAGACUCCAUCUUGGCCCUUCUCAGAAACCGUGGAUUCUCUGCAACCCAGAUCUCCAAGCUUGUGAGGUUGUGCCCACAACUUCUCGUAACCAAUCCGGAGAAAACCCUUUUGCCAAAGCUUGAGUUUUUCACUUCUCUUGGAGCUUCAAAAGAUGACCUUGCAAAAAUUAUCGCUUCCUCUCCUGCUGUUUUGAGUGUGAGCUUGCAGAAACGGAUCAAACCCACCUGCCAUUUCCUUAUGAAUCUGCUUCCUAAGAAGAACUUCGUUGUCUUUUUGAAGAACGGCGGCACGAGGAUUUUAUUGGAAGGCCAUUCGAAGAAUGUGGCGCCAAAUAUUGAGAUUUUGGGAGAACUAGGUAUGCCCCAAUCAUGUAUUUCUCUGUUGUUAGCUCAUUUUCCUAGCUCUUUAACACGAAAUCCUGAGAAUUUCGGCACGGUUGUGGAUGAGGUUAAGCAAAUGGGCUUUGAUAUGGAAAAAUCAGUGUCUGUUUCUGCAAUAAAAGCGUUGUGUAGUAGUAAUAGUAAGUCCAUAUGGAGACGUAAUUGUGAAGCUUAUAAGAGGUGGGGUUGGUCGGAGGAUGAUGUUCUCUCUGCGUUUAAGCGGUUCCCUCAAUGUAUGACUAAGUCGGAAAAGAAAAUAAUGCAGGUAAUGGAAUUCCUAGUGAACAAAAUGGGAUGGCAGGCAGGAGUGAUUAACAAAUACCCAGUCAUUGUGGCUCUCAGUUUGGAGAAGCGAAUAAUCCCAAGGUGUUCGGUUGUUGAAGUUUUGAUCUCGAAAGGAUUGAUAAAGGAAAUUCAAAAUGUGAAUUUGUAUUCUCUGUUGAACCCUGUGGAGAAAUACUUCUUGAAGAGGUUUGUGGCCAGAUACACAGAUGAAGUACCUCAAUUAUUGAGUGUGUAUCAAGGGAGAGUUAAAGUCGAGGAUGUAUGAUGUUCGUAGGUCAAAAGAGGUUAGAUAUUGUUGAUGUAGUAUCGUAGAUGCAGCGCUGCUCAUUGUCAUUGGUAGCAGCUAGCUUUUAGCUCGGUGUAUUUUUCUAGAUAUGAAUUCAAUUGGUUGUCAUGGAUGAAGAAAGAUGAAAAAUCAUUUUUCGUCUUCCCCUUACACUGCCUAGCUGAUUUCGUUAUACGUAUACUCUCUUAUUUGAAAUUAACUUGAGAUUGACCUGCUCUGCUCUGUGGUUGUGGCGCCUUCAACUAUAGGAUCGAUGGUCCUUGACUUUGUUCAUCUUGGAAUUGCCUUCGGUAGAUAUGUUGCUUCUAUUCAGUUUCAAUUUAAUCUAUUUAUAGAUAUGAAGGAAUGAAAAAGCUUUUGUCUGAUGUUUCAAAUUUUAAGACGUGUAAGAUAUCUGUGCUUGUCUGUGUC